UUUAUCACCAAAUAAAGUUAUAUUAAGCCCUGGAGAUAUAAAUGGAAUAAUAUCAAGCGAAUUUUUUUUUAAAGUUGUUAACAUAAUAGAAAAUAUUAAUUUAUCUUAUUAAUUAAUAAAUAUAAUGGGAGAUAAUAAUUUUUGUGUAUUGUGCAAUGUAAGCCUUCCAGACAAAUCAGCUAGAGAGUCGCAUUUCAUUGGAAGAAAACAUCAAUUAGCAGUUCACAAUGAACACAUUUUAAACAAAAAGGAAAAAUGUGGCGUUUUUGUGACUGGUUUGCCCAAUUUGGUUGCUAAAGAACAAAUUGUGAAGUUUUUCAGUGAUUUUGGACCAACAAAAGAUGUUUUUAUCGGCGAAGGAAAUCGAUUUGCUUUGGUGGAAUUCUCUGAUGAGGCAACCGCUCAAAGUUUACUCAAAAAACAAAAAGUUUUUUUUAUGGGUAAAACAUUGUAUAUAAAACCAAGAAAAAGAAAAGAACAAGCAAAUGAACCAAAUAUAGAACAACCCCAUUUAGAUCAUGAUUUAAUAAACACUUCAUUAAAAAAUCUGCAAUUCGAAGAGCAAAUAAAUAAAUUAAUGGAACAUUUACAACCGAAUCAAAAACAACAAAUCGAAUCGUACAAAAUACUUUGCGAGGACCUUCAAUUGACGUUACAACAAAUUUUUAAAGAGGGUUGCCGCAUUUUUCCGUUUGGAUCGACAGUAACUGGUUUAAAUUUUAAAUACAGCGAUGUGGAUGUUUUCGUUGAAGUUGCGAAUAUGUUAGAUUCCGAUCCGACAACGCAAACGUUUAUUAAAAAGGCACGAAAUGCGUUACCUAAAUCGAAAAGUUUCGCUCAAGUCUUAGCGAUACCGAAAGCGAAAACGCCGAUUGUAAAAUGCGUUCACGUUCCGACUCAAUUAAGUUGUGAUUUUAAUUUCAAGAAUAUGUUGGGUGUUUGUAAUACUUAUUUGAUUAAAUAUUAUAUGUCGUUAGCUCCACAAUUGCGCACGGUUACGAUGAUUAUAAAAUAUUGGGCGAGUUCGCACGAAUUGCAUGGGAAUAGUAGUAAAUUUAGUAAUUACGCGUUAACGAUUAUGUUUAUUUUUUAUUUACAACAAGAACCGUUUCGUUGCGAAUCUGUUAUUGAGAUGCAAAAAUCGCCGGGGAUUGAAAAUAUUCAACAUGGUUGGAACGGAGGUUUUUUACCUGCGAAUUUAACGAAUGAAAAUCUUUCGAAUAAAUCAAUAUUUGAACUUUUGGAAGGAUUUUUUAAAUAUUAUAGUCAAUUCGAUUAUAGUUUAUACGUUGUUUGUCCGUAUUUAGGUAAAAUUGUGCCGAAAACCGAUUUUCUUCGACCUGAUAUUUUAUCGGAUGAUUUUUUAACUUAUAAAAUAAAUUUGGUGAAUAUGUUCCCUCUUUUAGUUGACACGCCGAUUUGCGUUCAAGAUCCAUUCGAACACAAUCAUAAUUUAACUAAAGCUGUGAGUUCUCGUGUUGCGGAUGAUUUCAAACUUUUUUGUAAACACGCGUUAAAUACACUCCAAGAAAAAAAUAAAAAAGAAAACGACAAAGAAGGACCGCUAUAUAAAUUUUUCACAUCGGAACCUCUCGACGAAAGAUUUACAUUAACUGAGAAUGUAUGUAAAUUUAAAUUAAUAAUGGGGCAAUCUUUAAAGUAUUUAGAGAAAAAGAUUCCAGAAAAUUGCGAAAAUCGUCCGAACGAAAUCAAAUUUGUUUGGUACUCCAUGGUAAACGAAUUUAUAAUAAACGUUUUAGCAAAAGCAUUAAAAUGUGACAUUAGUGUAACCACCGAUAAACAAAUUCAACGAGAAGAAGGUGUUUUAGAUUCGGUUAGUUUACGAUGCAAAGCAAUGCAAAAUUUAUGGGAAUCAAGAAGGGCAAUUCGACGCGAUAUCGAAUUAAAUAAUAACGCCACGAAUUUAGAAAAGGAAAUUCAAGUAACCAACUAUAUUUGUGAGGUACUUUGUAAAAACAUCACAUUAUUACAACCGAUCGUUGAUUUUACAAUAACAAUAAACGCUCGGGAUAAUCCGAUCGAAAUGGACAUAAUAAUAACAAAGCAUAAUUCUAUGAAAGGGUGCUUUCGGAGCAUUUGUACAUUUCUUGCCAUCCGACUACCUCAUUGGCUUAAUGCACACGAACGUGAAAUGAAUGAAAAUGUUAAUAAAACCGCCAGUUAAUUUCAAGUAACAAAUAAUUAAUUUUUAAAUAGAGUUUGUUUGUAAUAUUUUAGUUAUAAAUAAAAAAUGUAUUUUUCACAAAACAUAGUGAAAUAGUUAAAUAAAUUCCCGUGUCCUUAUAUAAAUUAA